UUUGGGAACAAGCGAGGGCGGCGGCGGCGCUGAGAUCAGCCGCUUCUCGGCUCUUGGACACUGGCCGAGGGAUCAGCUGAUCGGCGGAAGAAAGCGAGCACGUGAUUGUCUGCCUGGCGCAGGAAAGCGACCGCUGUCGCAGGCUUUCGGUGGUCGCGAGAACUGGUUGUGGCUUAAUGUCUGAUAGUCAGUCCUCCCUGAAUCCACGGUCAUGAAAUGUGUUGUCUUCCUUCUUCUGCCCCAUGCCUUCUCCCUGGCUCUGGAGAAUGGACUGAUGAGAACACCCCCAAUGGGGUGGCUUGCAUGGGAGCGCUUCCGUUGUAAUAUUGAUUGCAAGACAGAUCCCCAUAAUUGUAUCAGUGAGAGACUUUUCAUGGAAAUGGCGGACCAUCUGGCAAUGGAUGGCUGGAGGGAAUUGGGCUAUGAGUAUGUGAAUAUUGAUGACUGCUGGAUGGCAAAGAACCGGGAUAUGAUGGGACAUCUGAUUCCAGAUCCUGAGAGGUUCCCCAGAGGGAUCAAAGCUUUGGCAGACUAUGUGCAUUCACGGGGCCUGAAACUUGGCAUUUAUGGUGACCUAGGCACCCACACUUGUGCAGGUUACCCGGGUACUACAUUGAAUCGGAUUGAACAAGAUGCUUUAACAUUUGCACAAUGGGGAGUGGAUAUGCUGAAACUAGAUGGUUGCUACUCAUCAGCAGAUGAACAGGCCCAAGGUUAUCCUAAAAUGUCCAAGGCUCUGAAUGCAACAGGUCGUCCCAUUGCCUAUUCUUGCAGCUGGCCAGCCUAUCGAGGGGGACUCCCACCUGAGGUGAACUACACUCUUUUAGCAAACAUAUGUAACCUCUGGAGAAACUUUGAUGACAUUCAAGACUCUUGGGAGAGUGUCCUCUCUAUUGUGGAAUGGUUCUCAAAGAAUCAGGGUGUACUUCAGCCAGCGGCUGGCCCUGGCCAUUGGAAUGACCCUGACAUGCUAAUCAUUGGAAACUUUGGACUGAGCCUUGAACAGUCCAAGUCCCAGAUGGCCUUAUGGACAAUUAUGGCUGCUCCUCUUUUCAUGUCCACAGACCUCCGUAUUAUUUCUGAAAGUGCCAAGGAGAUUCUACAAAACAAAUUGAUGAUCAAAAUUAACCAAGAUCCCCUGGGAAUCCAAGGGCGCAGAAUCCUUCAGGACAAAUCUCAAAUUGAAGUUUUCCUGCGGCCCCUUUCCCACUCAGCCAAUGCUCUGGUUUUCUUUAGUCGGAGGACAGACAUGCCAUAUCGCUACACAGCCUCCCUCGCACAGCUCAAUUUUACAGAGGACACUGUCUAUGAAGCACAGGAUGUGUACACCAGUCAAAUAAUCAGUGACCUGAAGAUUACUACCAACUUCACAGUGGUGAUUAAUCCCUCAGGAGUAGUCAUGUGGUACCUCUACCCAACAGUGUACCUGGGGCAGCCUUUCACCUCCAUCAGGCAGCAGUCAAAAGCCAAGAAGUUUCAUCCCUUUAAUCUGUGACAGCCAGUAGUUGAAGGACGUCUUGCCAAGCUACUAAGGAUUCACCACUCCCUGUCAUUACACUUGUGGUACCUCAGCAAAGAAAAAAAUGGCUUGUGUAGGUUGGCAGUUUUCCGCAAGUAACAUACAAACUCAGAUCCACGUCUACACACAAUGGAGAAGCUAUUAGUUCAUUAGUUUGCAGUCCAGUACUUCUAAGUAGACAUAAAUAAGAAUAUACAUGUAUUCUUAUUUAUGUAGAUUAGAUUGCUAAUGAUGGCCAGAUGCAUUGAGAUAAUCAACCAAAAGCCAGUUGCUCAUAUAUGAGCAUAAGCUCAUAUUUUAUGUAAGGAAUUUCCUACAUUCCUUGCUUGUAAUAGUAUCAACUAUUUCAAUAGUUGAUAUAAUUGCAAAAGCUCUGUUAGGGCUGUAAGGUUUCUUCUACAGUAGCUUAUUUGUCUGGCUACUAAAUAUUCGAGGAUUUUUGUAACUUUUAUUCUUUUUAUGUAAGCCACGCUUUCGGGGCUGUUUUUUUCAGUAUAUUUUCAGAAGUUUACAUUUUACAAUCAGUUUUUCAAUAAAGACUAUAGUUUCAGUGUUUUGAUUAAAAAGACGUAUAAAAAUGAAUAUGAAUGAAACAAUAAUAAUUCUGUGAUUUAUUUAGUACAACCUUCCUAGAUCACAUGCCUUUGAUGUAACUGAAUUAGAAAUCCCAGAAUUCCCAGCCAAAAUAUAGUCUCUCACAUCUGGAGAUUACCAAAAUCGGUUUCCCCAGUUUUAUCCACCGCACUGUUCAAUAAUCCACUGCUGGUACUAUGACAGUGUUUAUACAGAAACUAUUAUUUAGGUUAUUUCUUUUAUUGCAGACAACAUAGACAGCAUGCCACUCAAUUUUUAAUUCAAAAUGGGAAAUAGAAAAGUAACAAGAUUGGCAUGCAAUGUCUUCCCAAAAUUUAAAAAAAAAAAUCGAUCCAGAAUUGCAU